UAAAUUCAAUAAGAAAGAGGUAGACAUUUUUGUGUAGAGUUGUAUGUAUAGGUUAGGUUAGACCAGGUUUUACUUUAAGGAAGGCAAACGUCGUUGUCAGUGGUUAAAAUCGACGAUACUUUAGAGAACAGAUAAAUGAUGUAUCAGAAAUGGGAAGAUUUACCUUGAGGAAGAUUCUUUAUCUUUAUUGCAUUUCCUCCAUUGUGUUCAUCUUAUGGCUUCUUAAUUACCACAUGAGCAUUAGAGAAAAUGAUGAUUGGGAAGAAAGAAUUGCAACUCUCAACCAAAGACUUGCCAAAAAACAGACACAGUUAGAUGAAUCCAGGCAGUUAAUCAUUAAUUACGAAGAAAAACUACAUAAAUGUAGAAUGCUUAAACCAUAUCCAAAGCACUUCAAUUCUUCCCUUCCUACAAUAUACUUAAUCACCCCUACGUAUGAUCGCAUUGAGCAGAGGGCAGAGCUGACUCGCCUGUAUUACACAUUUCUUCAUGUGCCAAACAUACACUGGAUAUUGGUGGAGGAUUCGGACAGAAAAACAGACAAAGUCAGACGCUUCCUUGCUAACUGCCAAAUUCCUUACACUCAUCUUAAUGUGGCCACUCCGCAGCAAUUGAAAUUGAAGAGUUCCGACCCCAACUGGCUGAAGCCCCGGGGGGUUCUGCAGAGGAACGCUGGGCUGACCUGGAUCCGGUCAUCUCUUGACCCUCAAACAAACAGGGGGGUGGUGUACUUCGCUGACGAUGAUAAUACCUACAGUGUGGAACUCUUUGAAGAGAUGCGGUCAACAAAGAAGGUGUCUGUCUGGCCUGUGGGUAUGGUGGGGGGACUGAGAUACGAGAGUCCAAUCUGUGAUAGAAACUCGGUGACAGGCUGGGAGGUGUACUUUAAGCCUGACAGACCCUUCCCAAUAGACAUGGCAGGCUUUGCCGUCAAUUUGCAGCUAUUUUUUGAUCACCCCAGUGCUUGGUUCAGCAACAAUGUCCAGCGGGGCUACCAAGAAUCUACCAUACUCAAACUUCUAGAUGUCACAAUGGCUGAUCUAGAACCUAGGGCUGAAAAAUGUACAAAGAUUUUAGUCUGGCACACUAGGACAGAAAAAUAUAAAAUCAAAAAUGAAGCAAAACUGAAACUGAAAAGAGGAAAAGGAACAAAUCCUAAUAUAGAAAUAUAGCCACCAAGGUGGCUUUGCUACAAAAACAGAUGAAAAGCAAAAACAUCCCUUCAUGUGAACAUAGGAAAGCCGUUCAUUCAUCAAUUACCAUUUUAUAUAAGUAUUCUUUUACAAAGUACUGAACAAGAGAACAUGUUGUACAAGGUCGCUGUAUGGAUGAUUUAUAUGCUUACUGUGAUAUGCUAUUACAUAACUGGGUUGUGUUUGUGGAAAUAUGUGUAAAGACAGAUGGAUGUGGAAAAUGACAUAAGUUGUAUAUUGAAUAAAACUGGCAAUUACAUGCACAGUAUAUGUACAAUUAAUGAAAAAAUCAAAAUUUGCUAUUUUUGUCUAUGAAUCUCUAAUGGGUAAUUCUGCAGAUGAUUAUAUAAAUUAUUAUAUGUACAGUUUACAAUUUAAAAGAUGGUAAAAGAAAGACUGUCAGAAAUUAUAUAAUAUUACAAUAUAAACCACAUGUAAAAUGUAGAUGUAAUAUAUUUAUAUUCAUACAUUCCAAAAUUGAUAUACUCAGUCGCUGCCUAUCCACAUAAAAUUUCAACAGGCGACUUAUUUUUUGUAUUGACUGGAAAGAAACGAUUACAAGAGAAUUUUGAAAUAAUUUAUGGAUUUGAUCACCUUUACCUUAUCAGACCUUUACAACUCCAAGACAUCAUCAUGUCAAUGGCAUAUUUGGCUUGCGUGAUGUAUGACUUAAACGUAGAGUGAUCUGUGAUGAACAGACUAAUGAACAGUAACUGUUAAGGAUUAAAAUCCAGCAAAAAAACAUUAGUUUUUCACACUCCUGAGUUGUUGAGUAAUAGUGAGGUACCAAAAAGGUGAAAGAACAAUUAUGUUCAAACUCGUAUUUGAAAUCUUGCCUGUUUUUUAUUUUUUUUUUCAUACUGACUGUUUGUUGGUAACAGAGAUUAAAUAAGCCCCCCAGGAUAAAAAUAUUGUUGCCCACACCAUUUAUGGCAAUAUUCUGUUCUUCAAGGACUGCCAUGUACAUAAUACAUAUAUGUAUCAAAACUUUUGUUUUCUCUUAAUAUGUGCAUGUCUUAACCUAAGCAACUCAAGAUGCUAUUAAAUAUAAAGAUGACAAAAUACUAUUUUUGUAAACAGUCAUUUAUUGUAUGAUGAACAUGUAAACUUGGUAAGAACAUUUAUUUUGACUGGUCAACAUCAUUACAUACAUGACAUUGUAUUUGAUGAGUCUGUGCAGUACUAUGAAUAAUUACAUCUUGUACUGUAUUGAUCAUUAUAACAAUUAAACCUCUCAAAUAUCCUCAUGUAAAUGCAAUCAGUUGAACUCAGACCCUCUCUCUACAUGUAUUUUCAUUCAAAAAAUGGAGUUUUUAACUCAAAAGAACGCUAGAUGUACAAUAAAUAAUACCUAUAUAUUUAAACUCACGACAAACUCUUUCCAGGAUUCUGAGUACAAAGAUAUGUACUUUUAAAAUAGUUUCCUGUUCUGCAGGCUUGGUACACAUACAAAACAGCUUAAGAUUUAUAAAUGGAGAGACAGUUCAAGUUCUCUGCACCUGUAUUAAUUAAACAACUGUAUUUUAUGACAGAAAACAUAAAACCCUGAAAAUAUACAAAUUAUAUAAAUUACCCUGUGGUGGAAACUGUACCUGGAAACUUAUGUUUAUGUAUAAUAUUAUGAGAGAUUCAGACAGAUUAUA